AUCGUCAGUACUUACAAAUUAGAUAUUAAUUAACAUAGAAAUACAAAUACAUAAAAACAAACUGAAAUAAUAAAGCAAUACUCAAUAUAAAUUUGUUAAGUGGGCAACAAAACAGAGUUUUAAAGCAUGGGGAGCAGCAAGAAAUGAUACACCGUGUCGUUUUUAUAUAAAAGAAAACCAUUUCAUGUUUUGAGUUUUUAAGUAAAUAAUUGUGAUGUCAAAAUGUAUUUUCCUAUAGGAUGGCCGAAAGUUUUGAGAAAUCUGGCUACAGAUUCUCAGGCGUUUAAACAAAUCGUAUCUAAUAGGGAUAAAAUACUUUUUGCCUCUCUAAGUGACGAAUCUUUUGUAGUGUGGUUCUGUAAGCCUAGUGUCUCAAUUGUGUACCACAAACGCAAUGCAGAGUCUUUGCAAAGACUUGGUAUUAAUGUGGGUGUGGAAUGGAAACCAGAUUCGUCUAUGAUAUGUAUUUCAACAUCAGAAGGCCAUUUAAUUUUAUACAAUGUGGAGGUACAAAGUGACCAGCCUGCAUACCAGCAAUUUGAUCCUCCUACUGCUAGUUUACGAAGAGAUUCGGCUGAAUUAUUUAUUAAAGAAGUCAUACCCUCACUAAAAAUAACCUUGUUUAAAGAAAUCCUAGUCUGGGAUGGUCAGAUCACUCGAAUGUGUUGCAUAUCGGGCACUGAAAUCCUCGUGUGUACGACGCGAGCACAUCUCCUACGGUAUAGAUGGGAUGGAUCACAGAAUAGAGAUUAUUGCCUUGAUUUAGGAAGGAUACCAUUUUCAAUAAACCAACAAGUAUCGAAAGCUGAACCAAUAUUAGAAGAUAAUACACAUGUGAAUGAUAUAGAAUAUUCACCGUUGGUAUGUGGGUUUGGUAUUACUUUAAAUGAUGGAAGAGCGGCUUAUCUCACAGCACCAAAUCUUAAAUUCGAUCCUAAUGCAGUACAAGGAAUAUGGGCGCAAGGGAUAGACGAUGCGACUUGCGCGCGAGUGAAUCAUAAAUUUAGAUUAAUUGCAAUUGGAAGGAAGAAUUCUCAAGUGGAUGUAUUUACGAUAGACGAAGUAACAGGUGGUCUCGAAUUAUCUCACACUAUGGUACUCAGUUCUAAAGAUUUUCCGGGCGAUCCGGGGCCAGUGAAAUGUAUGAGAUGGACUGGCGACGGUCGAGCAGUGGCCGUGAGCUGGGAGCGAGGUGGUCUCUCAGUUUGGAGUACAUUUGGUGCGUUACUGAUGUGUUCCCUGGCCUGGGACUAUGGUCUCAACCAGGACUUAGCUAGCCACAAUCCACUAGUUGUGGCCAGCAUGGAAUGGGCGACAGAAGGAUAUCAAUUGUGGAUGGUGAAAAUGGAAGAAGACUCAAAGUCCAGUCUAAUUCAAAUGGACUUUGUAAAGAGUCCACUUAGUGUAAAUCCUUGUAUGAGCAACCAGAGGCAUCUCUAUUUGCAAGCGGACGACAAAUUGUAUGUUAACCUGGAGGACAACUUGACGAGGCGUACAAAAAUAUCCAUCAUUGAUUCAUCUUCAGACGCAUAUCAGGAGAAUGGGCAGGAACAGCCCGUGAACCCGCGCCAAGAGUUCGUAAACAGUGCGAAGUACAAGGAGUUUGUUGACGACAAUGAGUGCAGAAAGCAAUGGAUUGUUAUUCAGCUGCCGGCUACGUAUAUUGCUAGUAAUUGGCCAUUGAGGUACAGCGCGAUAGACGAGGCGGGCGAGACGAUAUGCGUGGCGGGGCGCACCGGCCUCGCGCACUACAGCCGCGCCGCGCGCCGCUGGAAGCUGUUCGGCAACGAGGCGCAGGAGAAGGACUUCGUGGUCACCGGCGGCAUGCUCUGCUGGCGCGGCUACGUCGUCGUGGGGUGCUACAGCAUCCUGGACGGGCACGACGAGGUGCGCUUCUACGCGCGCGACGCGAAGCUCGACAACCGCUUCGCGAAGAUCGUGCGCGUGCAGUCGCAGGUGUUCGUGCUGGACAUGCUCGGGGACCAGCUCGUCGUGUUCGGCGCUGACGCCCUGGUCACGAUAUAUGAGCUGGAUUGUGUGGACAAUAGCGGCAACAUCGAGCUGCGCUGCGUGCAGGCGGUGGACGUGUCCGCGCUGUCGCACCCCGCGUGCGUGGUGUCCGCGUCGCUGUGCCGCCUGCACGACGCGCCGCCGCACGCGCGCGCCCCCCGCGCCGCGCCGCUCUCCGCGCCCGACUCGCUGGUUUUAAAUGCAAGCGGAAAACUGAUGAUGGUGCAGAGAGAAGAAUACGAUGUUGAUGAAGACAACAAUCCAGCUUACAGCUGCCUCCCAGCGACAGUUCUAGCAUCCUGCGUGGAAAGUGUCUGGUCAUCCAACAACAGCGGUACGCAGACGCAACUGUCGCGCGCGCUAUGGCUCUGGUGCGGAUCGUUGGGUGCGCGUGUGUGGCUGCCCUUACUGCCGCGCGAUGCGACGCGGCGACCCGACCCGUCUAGGCACACCUUUAUGGCCAAACGGAUCAUGCUCCCGUUCCAUCUGAAUAUAUAUCCAUUGACGAUACUAUUUGAUGACGCCAUCUUAUUGGGGGCCGAAAAUGACACGACGCUCUACACGUCCGACUCGAACUCAGUGUUUUCACUGCCAUUCUGCGUCAUCAAUAGAACGAGCCAAGUGUACCUGCACCAGAUCCUGCGGCAGCUGCUGCGCAGGAACCUCGGCUAUCACGCGUGGGAGAUAGCUCGCUCGUGCUCCGCGCUGCCCUACUUCCCGCACUCGCUCGAGCUCUUGCUCCAUGAGGUGUUAGAGGAAGAAGCUACAAGUAAAGAGCCAAUCCCCGACGCGCAGCUGCCGAGCGUCAUUGAGUUUGUACAUGAAUUCCCUGUGUACUUGCAGACGGUAGUACAGUGCGCAAGAAAAACGGAGAUAGCACUAUGGGCGUAUCUAUUCUCAGCAGCCGGAAAGCCCAAGGAAUUGUUUCAGGAGUGCUUGCAGAGGAAAAUGUUGGACACCGCUGCCUCGUAUCUCAUUAUCUUACAGAAUCUAGAAAGUUCGACCGUAAGCAGGCAACUGGCCACUCAGUUGUUGGACACGGCGCUGCAACAGGAGCGCUGGGACCUCGCCCGGGACUUGGUGCGGUUCCUAAGAGCUAUUGAUCCUAAUGACGUAGAUUCUCCGAGAAAUUCAGUCAAUGUGCAAACGAAGUAUGGACAAGUUGUACAAUCACAAACCGUCAGUCCCAACGCUGAAGAUUUGUCUGUGAUAUUAGGGAGUAUGCAGCUGUCGGGCGCGCGCGGGCGCAGCUUCAGCACGACGGCGGCGCCGCGCGAGCCGUCCCCGCCGGGCGCGCCCGCCGCGCCGCCCGCGCCGCGCCGCGCCGCGCCCGCCGCGCCCGCCGCCGUCAAGCGCAAGAAGUCCGUGCCCGCGCGCAGCGACCGGGAGUCGUACAACGGCACAGCGGAGGAGUUCUUCAUAGACAUGAUGAUCCAGCGGCACGCCCGCCUGCUCCUGUCGACGGCCAGGCUCGUGUCCCUCGGGCGCCUGGCGGCGGCGCUCGACCUGCACCUCGUGGGCUGGCUGGCCGGCGAGAGGGAGAGGGCCGCCAGGGUGGACAGCGCCGUGCUGUGCCUCAAGCGGCUGCACGAGGACUUCAGCUGGCCCUACCCGACUGCCACGGAGGACGCCUAUGUGCAGAGGAAGAGCAGUGUCGUGCAUAGCACGUACAGCGCGUCGGCGGAGGGCGGCAGCCAGUGCGGCGACAGCGGGUACAUGAGCCUGUCGCUGCGCGCCGCGCUGCCGCUCGCCGGCGCGCCGCGCUCGCCCCCGCCCGCCAGCUCGGCGGGCGAAGGCAGCGUGGCGGAGGGCGGCGGCGUGGCGUGGGGCGAGGCGGAGGGCGAGGAGCGGCGCUACGCGGCGCUCAUGGAGCGCCUGCACCUGCACCAGGCCGAGCGCGGCGACCACAGCGCGCACGUGCAGCUCAGAUACUACCUGCAGCUGAUGACGGAGGCGAGCUGCGUGGAGUGGGCGCUGGUGGUGGCGGUGGCGCUGCGCGACGCGCUCGCCGUGCUGCGCUGCGCCAACGCGGCGCGCGCGCACGACGUCAGCCUGCCCGCCGCGCGCCGCCUGCGCAACGCGCUCGCCGACCUCAUGCGCUGGGCGGACGAGGAGUGCAUCGGCUACAAACCGUUCAUGCUAGCCAUCAGCAACCAAAUACCGUUCCUGACGUCUAUAAUCAACGCGCGAGAACGGCGGAUGUCCAUGGUGCAAACCCGAGUGCGGACCCACAGUACGGGCUCACUUAACGCGGAGCCGAAACAAACGCAGGAACCCAAACUGCCCCCACCACAAAAGGCCCAAGAGGUUAAGUCGGUGAGGAAAGAUUCGCCCGUCACCAUGCCAGAACCAGCUGCUACUACAGUACCUCAGCCACAGGAACAAUUGCACGAAGACAACGCGUCCAAUUGUGCCAUAAUGUAAAGUGUAUACAUAUCGAUUGUUUUGUAAUACGAAUGGUCAAAAUUUGGAAAUCAUGUUUUUUUUUUGUGAAUAAAGUGUUUAUAUGUAUUUGUGUGUACUGCAUGGAUGUAUUCGGGUUAGGGGGUACAAGGGGGUUGUGUUCCACAGAAAAAUAGCGCGUGUGAAUCAAGUAGGGUGCAAAUACAAAUUUGCACCUUAAAGUCAUAAUAAUAAUAGUUAUAGUAGUUAAUAUUUUGUUGUAUUUUAACAGUGUUGGCGUUAUAAAUUGGUCAUAAGGUAACAGAUUCAUUAAUUUUUUUUUCAUUAUUUUUAAGAAUAUACUUUUGUCUAUAAAUUUUUAACCUUUUGUAUCAAUUCGG